AUUCCGACUACCUCUCCUUGCCUUUUACCAGAGCUUCCGGCGCUUUUGUUAGCCACCCACAUCCGCGAGGAGGUGCGCAAGGGAAAGGUCCCCGGCUGCUCUAAACAGCCGCGCGCAGCUAAAAAUACACAGCGCGGCUAGCGCACGUAUCAAAGCAUACACACGAGAAGCACUACUGAGCUUGGCGCGCGUCACCAGCGUCUGUAGCAGCUGUAAACAGCGGAACACGCGAGGGGGUGCGGUUACGAGGCGGGCGCGGCGCGCGCCUCCCGCGGCGGCUCGCGCGCGCUCGUAGCAUACGCCGCGCCGCUGCGCACGCGAAUCACUGCGCCGCCGGUCGCGCGGCGACGCCCUGGGUGGUUUCGUCUCGGACGCGGCGGCGGCAGCGCUUUAACCCGACGCCGCGCGCAGGCCGUCACAGCGCACACACCGAUACAAUGUCGGGCGCCGCCCUCUUCAACCUCGCGCAGACCGCGCUCACCUCCGACGCCGGCAACAUCAGCAGCAGCAGCUCGCGGGACGGGCUCGCGCGCGCCGCGUCGAUGCCGCUCCAGCGCCAGCGCAACGGCGCCGCCGCCAAGCCGCCGCUCGAGUGGCGCCGGUUCCUCACGGUCGAGGAGCGGACGGGCGUGCGCUCCAAGCUCCGCGCGGCCUACGCCGACCAGUGCAAGACCUACGAGGAGCUGCUCGACACCGUGACGGCCAUCGAGGAGGAGUUAUUGCACAUGGCCGCCCCCUCGCGCCUCGACUACUUCAAGGCGGGCGUCCAGUUCGACCGCCGCGUCGCCGACAAGCGCAAGCAGCUCGCCGCGCCGGCGGCCGGCGAGGGCGCCGCGGAAGCGCCGCGGAAGCGCGCGCGGCCGGAGGACUCGAGCCCGCCGCAAGUGUCGCAGGACUGGGAAGCCACGCAGGAGACCUGAGGAGCAAGCUUGUGUAAGACCGAAUCCCCCA